AUGAGCAAGGAGUAUACCGUCUUCGGCCUGGCUGCGCGCUCGUGCGGGCCCAAUGUCUCGUCAUUUGUGCACAUUACGAUGAGCGACAUGGCCAUCCUCGGGCUCCACUACAACGUCGUACCCCUAACCUUUCCCAUCAUCCGCGGUCGCCUCGCCCAAGAGACGGGCAACGAUCAAGUAACAGUCCCCACGCUGAUCACCGAGGACGGUUUUGUGACCGACUCAUGGGCCAUUGCGCAGUGGCUGGAGAAACACCACGGCACCCCAUCCCGCACCCUCUUCCCAAACGGCAUCGACCGCUCCACUGAUGAAUGGAUGCAGACCCGUCUCGCACCCGCCAUGCGGCCUCUCUUCCGCCCCGGUUUCUGGGCCAUGCAAGACGGCGCCAGUCGUAACUACUUCCUCAGCACAAAGUAUAUGGGCGACAACGUUGCUCUCGAGAAAGACAUUAGCAAUAUCCUCGAUCCCGUGACGGCGUCCAAGAUCUCCGCCUCAGUGCGUAAAGUGUUGAGCGAGUUCGAGAACAAGUUGGGCGAGAAGGAGGGCGUGUUCGUCAAUGGAGACAAGCCGAGCCAUGCCGAUAGCGCUGUUUUCGGGUGGUACCUCUCUGGACAGGUUAGUCCGGGGCCAAACUACGAUGCUUGGGUUAAUAGUGGGAAUCCCCGGGUGAGGAAGUGGGUCGCAGCGAUGGAGGAGGUUACGCGGAUCGUGCCGGGGUACCAGUAG